AUGCCCAGACAAAUCGUUUUCGAUGGUCCGCAUUUGAAGUUAAAUGCAUUUCUUGCACUCUUCACACUACCAGCCACCAAUGCUCAACGCGUCUUCCUCGACUUGCUGAAUGACGGCAUUGUGCAGUACCAGAGCCCAUGCAGCGAAACGAAUGAGGUGUUCUUUUUCGCCUCAUCCUACUCAGUCAAAUUACGCGCAUAUGAUGGAGUGCAAAAAUACGUGAUUCUUGUGCCAUCGAUGCAGAAAACGGUUCUGAGCUGGAUUGAUGAGCAUUUUGAGGAGGCGAUGGGACAGAGACUGAAAUUGGCAUGCGCUUAUCUGCAUGCAGUGGGCCUUGUGAAGCCGUUCGCAGACUACAACCCCGGAGUGCCAUCGGAUUCACCCAAAGUAAUAUUUUUGCAUUUUCGAAUUCCAUUUUUCCGUUCGUGCCUUCUUUAUCAGUGUGAAAUUUUGGUUGGGCAAAGUUGUCGAUCUUAG